AUGGAUGGAAGAGGUAAUGCAUAUAAAAAAACAUUCAGAUCCUUUAACAAAUCAUCCAAAAACAAUGAGACAACGUUAAAAUCUAACCCAACCAAGAGGUCAAGGCCCAACUCGGACUCUGAUAUGUCUCAAAACAUGUCUCAAGAUCUUUCGGAUCUUAGUGACAUUCUUGACAACAUCUCUAAUGACGAUGGCCUACUACAGCAAGCAACAAACAUCAUCUUAAAUAAACCAGCUCUCAAGAACAGCAUUAUAGACAGAAUGGCUAAUGAAGUUAGGGAUCUCAAAGAUCGGGUAUCGGAACUAGAGAAUAGAGUUGACGAUCUUGAGCAAUACUCCAGAAAAACAUGCUUAAAGUUCACUGGAAUUCCCGAAAUGUCGGAUGAGAACACUAACAAUGUAAUUCUUAACACAAUCAACAAAUGUGUUUUGAAUGAAGGGCAAAUUUCAUUAAAUGUCAAUGCUAUUAGUACUUCCCAUCGUCUUGGACCUCCUCGUCAAGACAGGCCAAGGGACAUUAUUGUCAGAUUUGUACGAUACAGCGACAAGGUCCUUGUUUAUAACAACAAGAGCAACCUAAAGGGCUGGAAUGACAACCCUACUAAUGGCUACAAAAUCUAUAUCAACGAGGCACUGACUCGAAGAAGGUCCAUGUUGUUCGCCAAGACCAGAGAAGCUGUCCGAAAUCACCGGGUUAAAGGUUGUUGGACAUACGACGGAAAAAUCUAUAUUAAGAAAAACAAUGACAAAAAGGCCGUUAUUAAAAACAUAACUGAUUUGGACCGUCUUAUAGUUACAAACACUCAGGCAAGGGAGACGAUAGAUGAGGCCUAG